UAGACCCCGAAGCUUCGAGUAUUUUUUGUUGUGUUCGCUUUGAUUGUUGCAUCGAUGUUGAAAAGCGAAAAAAGGAAGGCAAAUCACUGGCAUGGAAUUCCAAUUAACAAAAUGAAAUAAUUGCAUUAUCGUCGCUGCGGAAAAAUAGUUAAAUGUGACAAUAAUUGUCGAGGCAACAACAAAUACAUGCGCUGUUGGCUUGUGACGUCAUCGUGCUUGCUGGCCAGGGCACGGCCACGCCCCCCGCUACCGUACCGCCCACUGAGCAUCAUGAACCAAUGCCGCCGGACCACAAAAACCGCCACAACCAGCACGAUAAUAUCCGCAAAAACGGACACCAAAAAGCAUUUGUUUAUGCAAAAAAGGAGCAUGUCGAACGGUCCAGAGGAUCCGCAGGAGCCGCUGGAUGUCCAGCCUCAAGAUAUGCCCACUUUCUUUGAAAUAUCCCAGGAGGAUCGGCUGGCAAUCGAGGAAAGGCAACGGAAAGCCUUCGCCUUCUUCACAGAAACCCUGCAAAUCUACGGCGUGGAGGAGCUAAUCUUCUGCUUCAACGGCGGCAAGGAUUGCACCGUCCUGCUGGAUCUCCUCAUGCGUUUCCUCCGCCAGGAGAACAUCUCCAGCGGUGACAUUCCCAUGUUGUACAUCAAAUCCGGCGAUUCCUUCACGGAAAUCGACGAGUUUGUCCAGCGCUGCGUUCGUCAUUAUCGCGUGGAGCUGGUGGAGUACGAGGGAUCCCUCAAGGAGGCACUCACCCACAUGGCAGCCGACAUGCCACGCAUCAAAGCCGUCUUCGUUGGCAGCCGGAACACGGAUCCCUACUGCCAGCACUUGGCGCCCAUGCAGCCCACCGACAACGACUGGCCGCCGAUGAUGCGUCUGAAUCCUCUGCUGGAAUGGAGCUACCACGACGUCUGGCACUACAUCCACAUGCACUCGGUGCCGUACUGCAGUCUGUACGAUCGGGGAUAUACCUCGGUCGGUAAUCGAUCCAAUACAAUUCCCAAUCCGCACCUCCGACACCUCAGAGAUCCCGAUUCCCAGUGCGGCUGUGAUUCCGAUUCCGGCUGCUCCUGCGAUCCGAGUGGCUAUCGACCCGCCUGGGAGCUGGACGAUCCCGCCCUGGAACGUGCUGGUCGCCUGCCCAGGAAGUAGGACACAUGGGCAUGGGCAAAUAAAGCGCUGUGCCAGUCGCAUGGAUGUAGUGCAAUUGAAAUAGCUUAAACUCUAGUUAGUCACAAAUUGUAUAUAUGUAGAUAUAUUCGCUUGUGAUUUGGAUUUCGGUACACAUACUUAAUCUAAUAUUUUUUACGACCUAAGCUAGGCUGCUGAAUAAACGUGGGCUCUGUCAUCGGGCCACUUUCAGCAGGGUUCACUGUUUUUGUGGCGGAA